ACAAAAAUAAAUAAACAAAUACCUGACGAUCACCGUCAUUUCAGUGUUCAAAUUAAAUAACGGUUUUUAAUCGAGUGCUGUGAAUUUCGAGCAAAACCUUUUUAAAAUAAGACAACUGAUGAAUAGCUGUCCACUUCCAAGGCCGACUUCAGCUGCGCCAAGGGAGAGCCAGGAUGUGGACAUGAGGGCCACGUCCGUUGUAGGUGCAAGGGUGAGUGAGGUCUUCGGGCCACAUCCCUCUGCCGAUGAGGGGAUGACCCACAUCUCCGAUGUACUCAUCUCCGUGGACUUGGAGAUGAAGGAUAUCUCUGGACUGCUCCUCCCCUGCAUGGACAUGGAGAUGAGGGAGCUGCCCCAGUGCAGGAUGAUCCCGCAGGGCGGGCACCAGACCCGGAGGAGGCUGCUGGGGGUCGCUGGGAGAUGUGCCGCCUCCUGCUGGCCACCGGACUGGGUGGCGCGGCGACGCACAGCCAGCAACUGUCCGCACGAGGAUUCCCUGGUCCCGAGCUGUGCCUAUGGCUGCCGGACUCGCAAACCAGGCGGCGAGGCGUCGGUACUGCUUCCCGGACAGCCAGUGGCGCUUCCAAGCGACACUUAGUCCUCAUGUUGUUCAGGCCCGGGCUCACAAUAGUUAUGUUGUAGUAAUGUUCGUUAGUUUUUUAUUAGAUGAAAUAGUUUUAACCCUGGGCCUCAUGUUUAGAGAUUAAUUGGAUAGUUAUGUAGAAAUGUUAUCAACAUGUUAUUGUGCUUAUAGUGAUUCUUUUAUUAGUGCCCUUAUUUUAUUCUUUGAAUGUUUAGUGAAUUUACAUUCUCUCUCAAUUUAA